CCAAAUACUUGCCACUCGAUUUCCGAACCUGAUGGUUGUUGGGACAUAAUAUUUUGCACUUAACAACAAAGCAUAAAUUAAAAAACAAAAAUAAAAUCACACAACUAAACCAAAAAGGGCAUCUUUUAGUAUUAAAUUUAUUUAAAAAAAAAAUUAAAUUAUUUGUAAUCUCUCAAUGGAAAUUAAAUGAGAGAUAUAAAGAGAGAGAAAGAGAUUGAGUUGUCAUCCAUAAAAUUGGCGGUAAAACGAUUUCAUUUGUUACGAAUGAGAUAUGCCCAAGUAUUUGAAACAAAGUGAUAGUAAACUAUCUCAAAAGUGUUGUUGACAUCGAUUUAUAAAUUAUGUUAAUUAAUAAGAAACACACAGUUUAGUGAGAAUCUUGCCAUUAUAGUUCCUACGCAUCAUAGUUCCUAUAAAUUUAUUUAAUUAGAAAUUAAGACUUAAUUUAUUACCUAUAAACAUCGUUUUAGUUUAGAUAAAUUUAUUACACAACAAUCUUUUAAAAAUGCUGCAUGAAGUUUUGAUACUUUGUAUCUUUUCCAUAAGCGGGUUCAUGCCAAGAAUGUCAGCAAUCACUCACAUGGUCAGCCGAGAUGAGUGGGGGGCCAGACCGCCAAAAUUGGUUGAGAAAUUUAAUGGCCCAGCACCGUUUGUCAUCAUCCAUCAUUCGUAUCUGCCGCCUGCAUGCUUUACGACACCAGAAUGCAUACAGGCCAUGCGAACUAUGCAGGAGUUCCAUCAAAUCGGACGUGGCUGGAAUGAUAUUGGUUAUAGCUUUGCAAUUGGUGGCGAUGGACAGAUUUAUUAUGGCCGAGGAUUUAACGUGGUUGGAGCUCAUGCACCAAGAUACAACGACAAAAGUGUCGGAAUUUGCUUGAUUGGCGAUUGGAGAACCAAACUCCCACCAACAAAUAUGCUACUAGCUGCAAAGGACUUGAUUGGAUUUGGCAUAGAAAAAGGAUAUAUCGAUAAAAGUUUUAAAUUGCUUGGUCAUCGGCAAGUUCGUGACACAGAAUGUCCUGGUGAUAGACUUUUUGCUGAGAUAUCGUCUUGGCCAAACUUUGCUUUAAGCCCCAAUGCAACGGAAAAUGAUAUUCAUCCAGUUUGAAAACAAAAACAAAACAAAAAAAGAUGAAUAUAAAUUAAAUUUAUUUAUAAACUUUGCAAUCUAAAUAUUUAUGCUAAAGAAUGUAUCUACCUAAACCAGCAAUGAAAGUUUGGAAAAAUAUAUUAUUUUGGAAUAUGAUUGAGAAAGUUGACAAUUUUAUCAUGACAAAGUUUCAAUUCUGGAAAAUAAACUCAUCCCUAUCAAUAAACUGAUAAUAAAA